CCCCAGGUGCCUCCGGACCCCCCGGCCAGGCUGUCACCCCCCCGCCGGGGCCACCCAUGCGGCUGUGAGAGGACGGGGGUGGCCGGGCCCCCCCAGGCCCCCCCCAGGGCCGCCCCAACCCGCCCAGGCUCCGCAGCCACCCCAGGCACCAUGACCCGUCCGGACGCCGAGGGGCCUCCGGUGCCCAGGGGCCACCGAGAGACUAAAACCCACCCGGGCUCCGAGACCCACCGCGGCUCCGUGGCCCGUCGAGGCUCUGAGGACCACCAAGAGACUAAAGCCCACCCGGGCUCCGUGGUCCAUCGAGGCUCUGAGGACCACCAAGAGACUAAAGCCCACCCGGGCUCCGUGGCCGCUCGAGGAUCCACGGCCAGCUGGGACUCCUUGGUCAACCAGGACCACCAAGGGACUUGGGCCCGCCUGGGCUCUGCGGCUCCCCCGGGCUCCGUGACCCAUCAGGGCUCCCGGGACCACCCGGAGACCGAGGCCCACCCGAGCUCUGUGACCCACCAAAGCUUCAUGGGCGACCAGGACCCCCGGGACCACCCCGAGCCCGACGAUGGCUCCAUGGUGCUGUUGGACUCAAAGGUCUCCCAAGGCUCCACGCCCAACCAAGGCUCUGAGGACCUCCUGGAGACCCAGGUCAGCCAGGUCUCCGUGACCCACCUGGGGCCUGUGGCCGACCAGCGCUCCCAGGACCACCCGGAGACCAAGGUCCAUCCAGGAUCUGUGACCAACCAAGGUUCUGUGGGCAACCGGGACCCCCCAGACCACCCAGAAUCCAACGCUGACGAUGGCUCCGUGGUUCUGUUGGACUCAAAGGUCAACCGAGGCUCCGUGGCUUGUAUAGACUUGAAGGUCCACCAGGAUUCUGUGCCCUCCCAAGCCUGCGAGGACCCCCAAGAGCCCAAGGUCAACCAGGACCUCACGGCCAACCAAAGCCCCACGGCCCCUGUAGAGGCCAAGGUCAACGAAGACCCCGUAGCAUGUCUGGACUCGAGGGUCCACCAAGACCCUGCGGCCAACCAAGCCCCCGAGAGCCCCCGAGAGCCCGAGGCCGACCAAGGCCCCGUGGACCACCUGGACACCCAGACUGACCAAGCCCCCGUGGCUCUUACAGACUUGAAGGUCCACCCAGCCCCCUUGGACCCCCAAGAGACCAAGGUCAACCACGGCCCCGCGGCGUGUUUGGACUCGAGGGUCCUCCAGGACACCACGGCCCAGGGGGGCUGCGCCGCCCACCCAGGCACCGAGCCCCACCGGCCGCCCCCGCCCCCCCGGGCCACCGCGGCCCCCCGCCCGUGUCCCCACGUCCCCUCGGGCGCCCGCCUGGGGCUGGUGCUGCUGACGCUGGGGUCCCUGGUGCUGCCCCGCGCCUGGGGGUCGGCGCUGGAGUUCGGGGGCGCCCCGGGGCAGUGGGCGCGCUACGGGCGGUGGGCGCCGGGCGCGGGGGGGCAGCUCAGCUUCCGCCUCAAGACCAACGUGACGCGGGCGCUGCUGCUCUACCUGGACGACGGCGGCAACUGCGACUUCCUGGAGCUGCUGGUGGCCGAGGGGCGGCUGCGGCUGCGCUUCGCCAUCGCCUGCGCCGAGCCCGCCACGCUGGAGCCGCCGGCGCCGGUCAGCGACGGCCGCUGGCACGCGGUGCUGCUGACCCGGCACGCCCGGCACGCGGCGCUGGCCGUGGACGGGGAGGCGCGGGCGGCCGCCGUGCGCUCCAAGCGCCCCGACAUGGCCGUGGCCAGCGACCUGUUCGUCGGGGGGAUCCCGCCCGACGUGCGGCUCUCGGCGCUGACGCUCAGCACCGUCAAGUACGAGCCGCCGUUCCGCGGGUGGGUGGCCGACCUGCGGGUGGGCGACGCGCCGGCGGCGCUGCUGGGGGCCCAGGGGGUCCGGGGCGACGGGGACGAGCGCUGCGCCCACCACCCGCCCUGCGCCCACGGCGGCCGCUGCGCCCUGCACCGCGGGGAGCCCCGCUGCGACUGCGCCGGCACCGGCCACCGCGGGCCCUUCUGCGAGGAAGAGGAAGAACCCGCAGUGGAAGGUCCCGCCCACCUGCGACUCACCGGCCAAGGGCCCGCCGAGGUCGCCGAGGGGGGGGCCCGGCCGCGGCGCCGGCGAGAUCCAGCAAGCGGCCAAAGGCCGCACCGAGUACGUGGCCACGUUCCGGGGCAGCGAGUUCUUCUGCUACGACGUGUCGCGGUCUCCGGUGCAGAGCAGCGCGGACGAGCUGGCGCUGGCGUUCCGCACGCGGCAGCGCCACGGGCUCCUGCUCCACACCGGCCGCGCCGCCGACUUCCUCAACCUGUCGCUCAAGGCCGGCGCCGUCUGGCUCGUCAUCAACCUGGGCGCCGGCGCCUUCGAGGCGCUGGUGGAGCCCGUCAACGGCAAGUUCCACGACGGCGGCUGGCACCACGUGCGCGUCACGCGCAACCUGCGGCAGGUACGGCGGGGGAGGGAAGGGGAGGGGAGAGGGGGGUCCGGUGGGGGCAACUGGGAGCGAUGGGGAGCCUUGGGCAACCACCCAGCUGAUGGUCUUGGCGGCUCCCCAGCUGGGAGCACUGGGAGCGAUGGGAGCCUUGGUCGGCCACCCAACUGGGAGCGCUGGGAGCGAUG